UAAAGUCGAGCUCAGUCCCGAAAAGGAAACGAGAUUCCUCAAACCGGACACACGGUGUGUAUGAACACAUUACUGAGGGUUGGGAGUGCGCGUCAGGAUGAAGGCCCAGGAAUGGAUCCUGCUUACCUGCUGCCUGAUCUGCCUGUGCGUAACUGGAGAGACCUCAGAGUCAGAGAAUCAGCUAAUGAACAAGCUUUUCUCCAAUUACAAUGUCAAAGUGCGGCCAGCAAAAACACCAGAGAGCAAAGUAGUCGUAAGGCUUGGCAUGACCCUAUCAUCCUUCGUCAGUCUGAACAUGAAAGAUGAAGAGAUGAACACCAUUGUGAUCAUGAACAUGGAGUGGAAUGAUUACCGUUUGACCUGGAAUCCCAAGAAGCAUGAUGGGAUUGAUGUACUGCGAAUUCCCUCAGCAAAAGUGUGGCUCCCGGACAUCGUUCUUAUUAACAAUAAUGACGGUGUGUUCGAAGUGGCUCUACGUGUUCAUGUUCAGGUAUACAGUGAUGGCAGAGUGACAUGGACCCCACCUGCUCUUUUCCGAAGUUCCUGUGGUGUAAAGGUGACGUACUUUCCGUUUGAUUGGCAGAACUGCACUAUGGUGUUUAAGUCAUUCACUUAUGACUCUUCUGAAAUGGAUCUUCAGUAUGCCCUUGACGAGCAAGGCAGCGAGAUACGAGAGAUCAUCUAUGACAUCGGUUUCAGCGAGAGUGGUGAAUGGCAUAUCCGUCACAAGCCUUCCAGGAAGAAUGUAAAGAAAGAGGACCUGUAUGAAGACAUCACCUUCUACUUGAUCAUCGAGCGCAAACCCAUGUACUACGUGUUCAACAUAAUCCUACCCUGCAUCCUAAUUACAAUUAUUGCCAUCUUCAACUUCUAUCUGCCACCUGAUGCUGGAGAGAAGAUGGGUUUGUCCAUCAAUGUGCUGCUGACCCUUACUGUCUUUCUGCUCCUUCUGGCUGAUAAAGUCCCCGAGACAUCUCUGGGUGUCCCCAUCAUCGUCAACUACCUGAUGUUCACAAUGAUCCUGGUGACGUGUUCGGUUAUUCUCAGUGUGGUAGUGUUAAACCUGCACCACCGCUCACCAAACACCCAUCAAAUGCCCCUGUUGGUGCGCAAGAUUUUCAUCCACAUGCUGCCACCAUAUCUGGGUCUCCUAAGGCCAAAAGUGGAGACACCACUUUUUCUAGAGCGCCCACACAAAAAGGAGAACCACAAAUGCAUCAGCCGGGCAGCAGACGAAUACUUCAUCCGCAAACCCAAUACAUGUGUGCUCUUUCCCAAACCUAACAGGUACCAACCAGAUGGCCUGUGCACUGACAUGCGGAAGUUUAUCGAUGGCCCCAGUCACUACCUGACUCUGCCCCCUGAGCUGAAAUCGGCCGUGAAUGCUAUCUGCUACAUCGCUGAGCAGCUACAAGCUGAGAAAGACUAUGAAGCUUUAAAGGAAGACUGGCAGUAUGUGGCCAUGGUGGUUGAUCGACUCUUUCUCUGGAUCUUUGUCAUCUUUACCACUGUGGGAACAUUGGCUAUUUUUGCUAAUGCUAGUUUCAAUGCCACUCCCAUUGACCCCUUCAUGAGUCCAUGAUCCUAGCAGUCAUCGCUUGGACCUUUUGAACUUUACAGCACUAACACACACACUUUACAGUGUGUUAUUUACACACUGCUGGCUAUUGACAUUUAUUCACUGGGCAUUUGCUUCUAUAGCAUGCAAAGUGAUCUUUGCAAGGGAAAGUGUACACGUCUACGAAUCUGGAUAUUAAAGCAGUUGACAGUGACACAAUAACAUUAGUAUGCAGCAAGAACAAUAAUAGAGCUUUUGUGUCACUUACAGUACUGAUUACGUGUAUUGGGUGAAUAUUGGAUGAUUUUCAGCCAUGGUAAUUAGUUUUUUGAUAAAUAUGAGAUUGAUGUGUAAAUAAGUCAACAAGAGAGUACCUUUUAUUACCUUUUCUUAAUUAGAGUCUAUAUGAUUAAUUAUAUUAAUUAGAUUAUGUUAUAUGAUUGCUGUUUAAUUUUAACAAAAGGGUCAAGGUGAGUGAAGGAAUGUGAAGUGGUAGGAUCUCCAUCUGUUGUUAGAAUGUGAUCUCUGUGACUGUGUGAGCAAUGUGACCUUAUGGUCUUCAGUAAUACAGCUGGAAGAUACAGUCAAGCAAGGACAGGAAGCCAUUCUUUACCUAAUUAGCACUCGUGCCACUAAUAAUGACUGGAAUGAAAUAUUACCAGUUAAAAAGAUAGUAUGCCACAGUAGCAUUCCCUAUUGGUAAAUAAAUACCUCCAUUAAAGUUUUCAGUAACAUUUUCACAAUUUGUCGUUCACAGUGGAAAGUUUAACAUAUCUGUUUAUGAUGUUUAUCUAAACCUAUAUGCUGCAAUGAUUUCUAAUCGUACAAUCCAGUGUCAACCACAUGUUCCCUUUAAGCCUGGUUUCUAUCGAUGUCUCUUCCUCGGGUUAUCUCAUUGCUACCAUUACUUACAUAAGUGGAAAAGUACUAAAAUCCUCCACUUGAAUAAAAGUAUCUGGUUAUGUAAUGCAAUGCCAUGCAGAAAUGUAGUGAGGUACACAAGAGAGGGAAAAAUCUAAAAUGUAUUGGAGUUAUAGUAAAAAGUAUCCACUAAUCAAACUAUUAUAAUACAUAGUAAAGAUACAGGAAAUAAUGUAUGUACUUAAGUAGAGUAGGAAAGUAAUCUUCCACCUCCGCUCAUCUGUCUCUUGCUUGUUAAGGAUCUAAAUCAGUACGUGUGGAUUUCUGUAUAGCUGCAAUAUUUAUUGUUUAGCUCUUUACAAAUAUGUAUUUAA